UUUUUAUCAUUUUUGUAAUGCGAAACUCUAUUUUUUUCUCUUUUUUCCUAGAAAUUAUCUAAAUAUGAAUGAUGAUUUAAUAAAAUAUAAUGAUGAUGAAACUGUUAAUGUACCCUUUGGGCGUGUCGCUGAAUGGUACAUUUCCAAACAUCCUUUACUAAAAAAUAUCAAAUUAAAAUGCCAAAGUAGAAAAAAAACUCCAGAACUUUUUAAAGAAAAUAUUAUAACUGUUGAUCGUGUUGAGGGAGCUGUAGAUUAUAUUGAAUGGAGAACCAAUAAAGGAGAAACUAAAUCUACUAAUAGAAUAGAUGACAUUGUACAUCUAACACCUAUGGGAGAAGAGUAUGUUAAAGAGAUUGAAGCUGGUAAAAGAAAGGACAGGUUAUGUUGGUCCUGGACUAUGUAUUGUGCUGGGGGGAAUAGCUGUCAGAGGGAAUGCGGAAAUAUUGGUAGUUGUAAAGAGAAUUGUGCAAAUCGUAAUUUUCCAAAUAAUAUUAAAAACAGUCAUGAUAUGCAUCUUUGCAAAGUGCGUGUUAUAUCAGAAUCUAAAUUAUCAUGGUUAAAAACAAGCAAACCACUACGUAUUAAAAUAAUUGGAUCUCAUUUACCAGCAAAUGCAUUAAAUACUCAUAUUCCUAAUAGUUCCAAACUGAACCUUACAAGAGAAAUACGGGAUAAAAUUAUUUUAAAUAGAAGAUCUGAUUAUAAAACAGUAAAAGAAAUUAAAAUGACAUUACUUGCACCUUAUAAUGGUGCAAAUGAAGAAACAUUACGAAAUGUGUUAAAUGAACAACGUGAAAUUUGUAAUGAUACUAAAUUACGGGGUUUUAUUAAAAGAGAUGAUAGACGACUAAAAGAAAAUUCCGGAAGCUGGACAAUUUUACACUAUUUAGUUACGGAAAUUCUUAAAUUAAAGGGUUAUGUACUUUAUUACCAGCAGCCGGAUCCAUUAGCACCGGAAGAUCAUCCAGAUCACUAUUAUCAAUUGACUUUAUCAAAUGAUUUAUGGUUAAAAAAUGGUCAAAAAUUUGGAAAUUUUUGCAUAGGAUUGGAUGGUAAAUAUGAUCUAAAUAAUGAUCAUGCUCCAAUCUUAACAAUGAUAGUUGAAAAUAAUACAGGGUGUGCUACACCAUUGGCUUUUGGUUUAAGCAACAAAGAAAAUAAUUGGACUAUUCGAUUAGCUAUUCAAGCAAUCAAGCAAAAUAUUCCCUGUAGUCGUAGUGAAUGUAACCAUGAAUGGUAUUACCAAGAUUUACCAUCCGGAAAGGGGUUUGAAAGGAUUAGUAAUUGUGCAAAUAUACAAUUAUGGAAUCCACUAGCCAUGAUUGACAAACAUCGUCCAUCGAGAAUUGUUAUACAAAGUUUAUUACGUGGAUCGAUACUUUGUUGGUUCCACAUAAUGAAAACAAUUGGAGAAAAUUUUUCGCAAUGGAAUAUUCCUUGUUUAUUUUGUAAUUUUUAUCCAUUAGCAAUAGCGUUCAAGAUUGUAGGAAGAAGUAGAAGUGUCAAACAAUGUGAAGAAUUAGCUAUUGAAUACAAGAAAUUCAUAAAUUCUUUGGAUUUGGCUAAUAAUGUAAAACAAAAAAUUAUAAAUGAUAUUUAUAAUAAUUGGAUUAGUGAUGAGUGGAUACUUGGUUUUAUCGAUGCUGGAAGACUUCCUCAAACUUUACAGGAUAAUCCAAUGACAACUAAUAACUUCACAGAGAGGAUGAAUCGAUCAAUUGAGACAAAUCAUAGCGGAAUUAAAACUGUUGUAAAUUUUGUUGAAAGAUUAUAUGGACUAAAAUUAAAUAGAGAAAAUAUUACUGAAAGGUCUGGAGAAACAAUUUUUGAAGCUGGUUUAAGUACUUUAUUUGAUGCUCAAUCUAUCGAGCAAGAAAACCAAUCAAAACAUAUUUCUUCAGACAAGUUAAGACGACUUAAUUUGGGUAGACUCUAUUUCUUGAUGGGAUACGUAAAAUCAUCAAAUAACAACAAUUAUUUUUAUGUAAAAAAACAUAAUCAAUUAAAUGUAUUAGAAUCAUCAUACGAUGGAAGUUUUGUGAAAAUGGAUGAUAAUAUUAUUGAAAAGUUGUAUCCACUUUAUCAAAAAUUUGCAAAGAAUCAUUAUAGUGUAGUUCCUGAACUAGAAGGAUAUUAUUUAACAAAUAUUUUUAGCGGAGAAUGUUUAAUAUGCCUAGAUUAUAUUUGGAAUGGGUCUUUUCGGGAUGUGUGUAAGCACUGUCAUGCAGCAAGAAUAUAUAAAGAAUCAUUAAAUGCAGAGAAUCUUUUUGAUUAUUCGCAAGAAGUUAAAAAUCAAUUGGUGACAUAUUUUAAGAAUAAGGAACGCGUUAUUUCUGCAGAAAAUAAAAACAAGUUAAUUUAUGAAGGAGAUACUCAUGUGGCUUAUAAUGAAAUUUUAAGAUUAUUUGAACUUCAAGGCACCAAGAUCUUUUGGUCAGAUAAUAAACCAUUGAAAUUAAAUAGAGAUCCUUUUCGUCCAGAAUUAAACAAUAAGCGUGAUUUUAAUGCUAUUGGAGCUCCGCCGAAACCUUCUGCUAAACCGCGCAAACCAUCACGAAUUUUAUGUAAUUCUAUUUUAGAAGAAGAUAAGGAAAAUAAGGAAACCUUUUCAACUCAGCAAAGAAAAACUAAACGAACUAGAAGACAAAUUCGUACAUAUAAGGAAAAUUCUAAGGAUAACGGAAAUAACAAGAAUAAUGAAAAUAAUUUGGGACCAUCCGUACCUGAUGUUAAUUUACCUGCUUCGUAUAACAUCAAAUUUGAUUUGAAUCCAUCUUUUAAUUCACAACCAACUCUUCAACCUACUCUUUAUAAUAUUCCUUAUUAUACAAACACCAAUACUUCGCUCCCUACUUCAAUUUAUUCACAAUCUACAUUCUCUUCAACUAAUGCGAUUCCUAAUAGUAAUUAUACCUCUUUCAAUAUUCCUCAAGAUCAAUUGGCCUAUAGUUAUCCUUCGAUUCCAAAUGAUCUUGGUCAAUUUUCCUACAAUAAUCAAAUUGAGUUAUCCAAUUCUUAUUCUUAUUCAUUUAAUCAAGCUCCUGAUAACAACUUUUCUGAUAACAACACGUUUUCUCAAAAGCACUUUUAGUAAUCUUGUAACUUACUUUUACUCAUCAUUUAAUGAAAUAAAUCUAUUUCUUAUUUUUCGAAGCCUUUAAUUUUAUAUUUUGCGUUCCUAACAUAGUGGAAUUUACAAAAACGUUGCAUUCUUGCCCAAAAGAAUAUAAAGUUUUCGUUAUAAAUGUAAAAAAAAAGUAUAUAAUUAUACGUUUCGUUGUAAAUGUUGUAUUCUGUACUUAAAAAAUUGUAUAUAUAGCCUUUCAUUAUAAAAAGCCUAAGCAUAAUUUUAAAUACUUUCAUGCCAAAAAUGUCAAAAUUGUGAAAUUAAAAUUU